ACAUCCGGGGCUGGGUUUUGCUUUAAUGCGAAACGUAAUUAACCCGGAAAAAAGGCCGAGAGGCAGGAGAGCUGGAGGGGUGCAGGCUGGGGGGAGAAGGGCGAGACGAGCGCGCGGCGCCGGGAGUUUGGCGGAGAGAUAAAGCCACCCCCCGGGAGCGACGCACCCACCGGCGGAGGCGAGUCCUCCCCGAUGUAACCCGCCCUGCCCGAGCCGGCCCCUGCGCGGCGGGGGUGAUGUGAGCAGAGCCCAGGAAUGCCUUAUGUGGACCGGCAGAACCGAAUCUGUGGGUUUCUGGACAUCGAGGAGAAUGAGAACAGCGGCAAGUUUCUGCGGAGGUACUUUAUUCUGGACACCCAGGCCAACUGCCUCCUCUGGUACAUGGACAACCCCCAGAACCUGGCACUUGGGGCAGGAGCAGUCGGAUCUUUGCAGCUGACCUACAUCUCGAAGGUGAGCAUAGCUACCCCAAAGCAGAAACCAAAAACUCCAUUUUGCUUUGUGAUCAAUGCCCUGUCCCAGAGAUAUUUCCUUCAAGCCAACGACCAGAAAGACCUGAAGGACUGGGUCGAAGCCCUGAACCAAGCCAGCAAGAUCACGGUACCCAAAGCUGGGAGCCUGCCUCUGGCUACUGAAGUCCUCAAAAGCAUAGCGGCCCCUCCGGCCCUGGAGAAGAAGCCACAGGUGGCCUACAGGACAGAGAUCAUCGGAGGGGUGGUGGUCCACACACCCAUCAACCAGAACGGUGGGGACGGGCAGGAGGGGAGUGAGCCAGGCUCCCACGCCAUCCUGCGGAGGUCCCAGAGCUACAUCCCCACGUCGGGCAGCCGCGCCUGCACCGGGCCCCCGCUCAUCAAGAGUGGCUACUGUGUGAAGCAGGGGAACGUGCGGAAGAGCUGGAAACGUCGCUUCUUUGCACUCGAUGACUUUACCAUCUGCUACUUCAAGUGUGAACAGGACCGGGAACCGCUGCGCACUAUAUUUCUCAAGGACGUUCUCAAGACCCAUGAAUGUCUGGUCAAGUCUGGUGAUCUUUUAAUGAGGGACAACCUGUUUGAAAUAAUAACAAGUUCCAGGACCUUCUACGUACAGGCGGACAGCCCAGAAGACAUGCACAGCUGGAUUAAGGAGAUUGGGGCAGCUGUCCAGGCCCUCAAGUGCCACCCCAGAGAAAUGUCCUUUUCUAGAUCCAUUUCUUUGACUCGACCUGGAAGCUCCAGUCUCUCGGGGGGGCCCAACUCGUUCCUGUGCAGGGGGCGGCCCCCGGGGGAGGAAAAGAAAGCCCUCUGCAAAGCGCCCUCCGUGGCCUCCUCCUGGCAGCCCUGGACGCCUGUUCCCCAGGCCAGGGAGAAGCUGCUUCCCGCCGAAGAGACUCCAGAGGACACUUUGUUCGUGCCUCGACUUGGGGAGAGCAACACCGCCGGGGCGCUGCCGCCCUCCCGGAUCAGGCACAGAUCGGAACCCCAGCACCCGAAGGAGAAGCCUUUUGUGUUCAACCUUGACGAUGAAAACAUACGGACCUCUGAUGUGUGAUGAAGCGUAGUGCCGUGGGAGGGAGGGAGAGGACUCCAGAGAAGGAGGCCGUGACUCAGUUUCUCUCCUUGUUGGAGGACAGUCACAGGCCUUUAUGACAUUCAUAUUCCUGCGGAUGCUCUGUGGGAGGGAGGGGCCCAUCUAGCUGGCCUUUUUUUUUUCUUUUUGGUAAUAUCAGUGCAGUGUAUUUAAUUUUGGGAAAUCACUAGGUUAGACCUGUAGGCAGACUCAGUGGAGAGUGUAGUCUCCACUCCAUAAACAAGAGUAUAUAGUAAACUCUUGCUUGACUAUUCCGGGGUCUUCCCGGUGAGGGGUGAUUUUAGCAACUCUUCUCCAGAGGAGGCUGGGAGUCCAGUUUCACCCCGACCGAGAUUUGUUUCCUUGUCCUUGUUUUAGUUUCUUCAUUUUGUUUUUGGUCCUGGCACAAAUCCUGGCCCACUGAUCUGGUUUUAUCCUAUUCCUGUUUGUCGACUAAGGCUUGCGAAGUGGGAGGGCUUGACCGGGAUACAGUGGUGUUAAGACGCGGGGCCUGCAGGCAGCCCCCAGUGUCUGCCAGGACUGGUGUGCCGGGGCGUCCUCGCAGGAGAACAUACAGGGACCUCUUGUAACAUAUGCGGAAUCAUCCGGCUAUACCAACAGCGCAUCAGUGAGUUUUGGGAAUUACUCUUGUUCUCUGCUGGAUAAUUUUGACCCCAAAUACUAUAGAUGUGGGUGACAGACCUACCCACCCAGUUUCUGUGUCAGGCCCCAAGGGUGGGUUUAUCAGUGUUAAAUGUUAUGACUAUUGAGUACAGAACAGACAUUUCCCUUGAUAUGGCAUUAUUUGGAAUGCGUGGAGGGUUGAUCAGUGAUAAUUCACAUGUGUGUUAGAUCAAUCUCUUUCAAAGUUUUAGAUGAGCUUUAAAGCAGGUGCUGAAACGAGAUGGAUUCUAGUUCAUCCAGCUAAGCUUUUGUGAUCCAUGUUUUCCAGACAGGAGAAUAGUUCUAUUUUGGCAAAGACAGAGUAUCUGGAAUCCUUGCCUCACAGCUCCUUUUGAACGGGCCAGCAUUAGGCUGAAUUUAAGUGCUGUGUGUUGUAUGCCCUGGCAGACUCACUUUCUUUUUGCUCUUUGUGUUGCCCUCUGAGUGAAGCCUUCUGUGCUUGCAUGAUCAAACCCUAUAAUAUGAUGAGGUUCCACAUACUUAAUAGUGAAGAGAUACAACGAUAAUCUGGAGAUACUUACAUUUUUAAUGAAAUAGAAACUGGGCAUAGAAACAUUGAUUUAAAGGUUACGAGUUGCUGGCUAGAGAUGUCUCAGAAGAGCAUAGGAGAUUGGGUUUCCCACCCACAUUUUGGGGUAUAUCUUCUUCCACUUGACAAGAAGUGUCCCUGGGAGAAUUUGUCCAUCCAGUUUACGUGGUGAAUUGCCACCAAGAACUUACUAGGUUCCUCUAAAGGAAGAGAAAACUUAGCUCAUUUCUAUCUUUAACUUUUAUCAGGUAGAUCACUUAAUUAUAUUUUAAAAAUAAAAAUUAGUGACUAGGGGAAGAGACUAAGAGAAGCAUUUUUACCUAAGUAAAUGCCCGCCCCUUCUUAUGUCCAAAUCUAAUGCAGAGGUGAAAACACUGGAUGAGAACAUCCUUAGUGACUUAAGAGGAAUCAUGUAUCUUUAAGGCAGUGUAGUUUCCCUGAAGUCUGUCACACUGAGAAUUUUCUCUGACUGCACUGCACUCCUUCUCUUAAGUUUGGCCUGUUGGUUCUGGUAUAAAAAAAGAAAUCUACGACUGGAUCGCUCCUUCUCCUCUUCUCCCCAACCCCCCUUCUAUAGAUUCUAGUGUACUUUUGUCCCCAGAAAUCUUUUAAGAAUUAUUAUUUACGAGUGAUUGGGAUUACAGCAUACUUUAAGUAGCCUGCUUUCAAGAGGCCAUUCCAAAUUCUUAUGGCUCCUAACCUCUGGUUUCCUCUUCAAAUUUUCCCCAAGAAAAUUCUUUGGCUAGUCAAAGAAAGGGCCAAAUAUGUGAUAUAGAACUAAUGAAAAUAAAUUAGGAACUUGUGAGAUCUCUUCUGAUCCGUAGUUAGACACACGCACCCUGACAGCUUUUUAAACGUUCCCAGACUCAUGGAAAAGACUUCAUCUUUUGGUGUUUAAAUUGGGACAAUCUACCCAUUUCUUGCUCUCUUAUAAACUCUCUGCUAGAUUACUACUGUUAAUUAAUUGGCCAUUGUAGUAAGCUGAUAUGUUUCUUAUUCAGCAAGGUCUCUUUUGAGAAUGUGUUAAAUAAACACACUUAUAAUCCAGAUUGUAUUAUCUUGAUAAAGAGACAUAAGGACUCUAAUUAGCAAAUACUUGGGAAUUCCAAGUUAUAAUAUUGUUCAUGUAGUUCCAAUAUCAGAUAAAUAUAAAUAUCUUCAGUGAAAACGAAAAGCAUUCUCAUUCCCAAAUCGUAUUUCAGAAUUCCUUUUCUGUCCAUAUUUCUUACCUUCUAGCCAGUUUUACACCAUAAUCUUUUAAUGUGAACCACAGAUGGUGCAUAUCUGACCAAAGCAUUUACUUUUAAAUGUAUAAAAUGGAACCAAAUGGAAAAAAUAGGGUGGGGAUGAAGUAUAGGUUUGUGGUUAAGUACAUAGGCUCUGGAAUAAAUCUGAGUUUUUAGAAAAGGAACUAAAAAAGGUACUACAUUUUCCCUGUGGAAUAAAGACCUUCCCUGAGUUGUGCUCUUUCCAUAAGGCUUUGGCAGUGGUCUUGACCCACCAGCAUGUCAGGUGGUCGUCCCUACAGCUGAGCUACUUACCAUCCCUUAUUCCUGAAAGCUUUAAUGGACUUGCUUACUCAAGGUCAGCUGAGGGUUAGUAAAAAGAAGACUUUGGCCUUUUGCAUUGUGAGACAUCAUAAGGAUACUGGGGCACACAUGGUGGAGAUUGGCCUCAGGUCAAACUACUGCGGUUACACAUCGAUUUCUUCAUGGAAUUCUGACCUCUCAGGAAAAAGGAAGUAGUGUUAAGGUCCAGCUUCGUCGUCUACUUGAAGCAAAAGGUUUUCUUCUGUCUUUCCUUUCUGCUCUGAUACGGGCUGAAAGGACCCCAUAAACAAACAGCAGAUUCAGUAGUUGAGCAGUGGGAUGUGAUAGGUUCCUUUUCAGUGUUCACCAGAUAAAGAAGCAUAGGAAGGUAACAGCAAUUUGGAAACUGAGUUUCUGUUAACAAGCUCUGAACAUGUCAGAAAUGGACAGGUUUAUUAAAUCUUGUCUAUCAACAUCCCUUUUUUUCCCCUGAGUUCCUUUUCCUCUGUUAUUGCCUGCAGCGGUCAAUUACAGUCAUUCCUGCUAGGUAGAGAUCAAAUAAAGCGAAUGUUUGGCCCAAACAUACUGUCGGACCCCUUCCCCCUCUGCUUUCGAGGCGGCAUGAUUUUGCGUCUUGAACCAGAGUGCUCGCUGGCGCGCUGAGCCGAGUGCAUGGAAACUGUUACGCUUCUCCUUUUACGUGAUCUCCUAAUUGGUAUGUAGCAAAAAGUAAUUUUCUAAAACUGUUUUGUUGCUUGUUUUGUAAUAAAACCACGUAAAAAAUACUGAA